CUAUUAACUAAUAAACUCUACACGACAUAAGAAUGGCAACAUCAACCUUCAAGAAAGUUUGCACCCUACUCUCCUUGUUCCUGUUUGUUCAUCAUGUGGUUUUAUCAUCAAAUGCUAAUUCGGCUUCUGCUGAAGAAGUUAUUGCUCUUCUCAAAUGGAAAAAUACCCUUUCAAACCAAACUCAAUCUCGCCUACGUUCAUGGACUUCUCUUCCCAAUGCUUCUGCAAAUUCAAACUACAGUAUGGAUCUUUGUACUUGGUUUGGUAUUUCUUGCAAUCCUGCUGGAAGUGUUGUCAGAAUGAACCUUACUAGCUCUGGCUUACAAGGAAUUGGAGGUUCCAUGAAUAUGGGAAGUUUGCAACUUAGCAGAAAUCAAUUUACCGGCUCCUUGCCCGAAAGUAUUUGUCAUGGUGGCUCACUUCAGAAUUUUUCAAUAUCCAACAAUAGUUUCAAAGGUCGAGUUCCGCAAAGCCUAAAAAAUUGCACAAGCUUAAAGAGAGUCUUCUUGAAUGGAAACCAACUCACUGGAGAUAUAUCUCAAGUCUUUGGUGCCUAUCCAAACUUGAUCAUCAUAGACCUAAGCCACAAUAACUUUUAUGGAAAGAUCUCAAGUAAUUGGGGACAAUGUCUAAAAUUAGGGACCCUCAAAAUGAGUGGGAACAACAUUAGUGGUAUCAUACCACCCGAGAUUGGAAACUGGAUUCAACUACAUGUGCUUGAUGUUUCUUUAAAUCAUAUAGAUGGGCCAAUUCCAAAGGAACUUGGAAAGUUGACUUCUCUAGAGAGGCUGUGGUUGAAUGGAAAUCAUCUCUCUGGUGCUAUACCUAUAGAAUUCAAUUCAUUGACCAAUCUCGAAUUCCUAGACAUAUCCUCGAACAAAUUGUGCGAGUCACUUCCACAUAAUCUUGGGAACGACUUCUUAAGAUUGAACCACUUGAAUUUAAGCCAUAACAAUUUCAGUGAAGAAAUUCCUAUCUCCCUUAUAAGCUUAUUUCAGCUCUCGAAACUAGAUUUAAGCUAUAACUCUUUAACUGGAGAGAUACCGUCAGAAAGCAACAGAAUGCAAAGCUUGGAGGUGCUCAAUCUCUCUCACAAUCAUCUUUCUGGCGUUAUUCCGACUACCUUUCAAGAAAUGCAUGGCUUAUUGCAUGUUGACAUAUCCUAUAAUGAGUUACACGGCCUCAUUCCCAAUAGUAAAGCAUUUUUAGAUGCUCCCUUGGAGUCCUUGCAAGGUAAUAAGGGAUUGUGCGGUAACAUUAAAGGGCUGCCCCCAUGCAAAAAUUUAUCAAAAAAUGGCCGCCACAAAACCGUGUUCGUAAUCAUUUUCCCUCUUUUGGGAUCACUUUUGGUUUUGUUCGUUUUCUUCCAAGUUCUUCUCAUUUUGCAAAGAAGAAAGAAAGAUCAACAUCCCCGUUUAGAACAAAGUGACAAGGAUGAAGGAGGAUCUCUUUUUGUGUCAAGCACUUUCGAUGGAAGAAAAAUGUAUGAAGAGAUCAUGAGAGCAACCGAAGCAUUCAAUGAUAUAUAUUGCAUUGGGGAGGGAGCAUAUGGAAGAACAUAUAAAGCAAAAUUGUCAUCAGGUGAUAUGGUAGCUGUGAAGAAACUCCACCAACUACUUGACGAUGAUAAUAGAUCCCAAAAGGCAUUCUUAAAUGAGAUAAAGGCAUUAACAGAAAUACGACAUCGAAAUAUUGUCAAACUUCAUGGCUUCUGUUCACAUGCUCGACAUUCACUUUUGAUUUACGAAUAUUUGGAAAUGGGUAGUUUGGCAAGAAUGUUGGAGAUUGAAGAAGAUGCUAAAGAAUUGCAGUGGAGUAAGAGGUUGAAUAUUGUCAAAGGUGUGGCUUAUGCGUUGUCUUACAUGCACCAUGAUUGCUCACCACCAGUAAUUCAUCGGGAUAUCAAAAGUAACAACAUCUUGUUGGAUUCUCAACACGAGGCCCAUGUUUCAGAUUUUGGUACUGCUAAAAUUUUAAAGCUAGAUUCAUCCAAUUGGACUUCUCUUGCAGGCACAUAUGGAUACAUAGCACCAGAACUUGCUUAUACAAUGAAGAUAACUGAAAAAUGUGAUGUAUAUAGCUUUGGUGUGUUGGCACUAGAAGUGAUAAUGGGAAAGCAUCCGGGUGAUUUAAUCUCCUCAGUUAAGUCAUCUCCUCCAUCAAUUGAGAUGGGUAUUCAACUGAAAGAUGUGUUGGACCAACGCCUUUCACUUCCAACGCCCCAAGUUGAGGCCGAGCUCAUAAGGGUUGCAGAGAUUGCUACUGAAUGCUUAAAUGACCUUCCAGAAUCUAGGCCAACCAUGCACAUGAUUUCUAAAAUAUUAGCAGCAGCCCAAGCCCCAAGUUGCUAUCUCCAGCUAGAGCCAUCUUUUGAAUGAAGUUGAAUCAAGAAAGUCAUGUUCAAUAGGACUUGCUAAUCAUAUUUUGUGUGCAGCUGGUUCCAUAUUUUCUUUUUUCCUACCAAGAAAUGUAGUUUCACUUCGAUUUUAAUAUUUUUGCCCAAUCUUUUGGAGUGUCUUUUUUAAGUGAAAUGUUGUACUUCUUAAUUUAAGUGUUCCAUCAAAAAGAUAAAAAAUAAAAGUAGAAAAACAAAUAAGGAUAAAGGAAGAGAUUUGCCCAACAACAAAGCUGUCUGUAGCUGGAAAUAUGGCUUUUUCCAGUGACAUAAAGUAGCCGGAAAAGGCAUAAAAUUAGUCGGAAAAGAACAUUUUUAAGGGAAAAAUGAGUUGAUUGGCAUAUUCUUGUGAAAAUCU